AUGUGGGGAAGGCUCUGGCCCCUCUUCCUGAGCUUCCUCACAGCAUCUGCAGUCCCUGGACCCUCACUGCGGAGACCAUCCAGAGAACUAGAUGCCAUCCCACGGAUGACCAUCCCCUAUGAAGAGCUCUCCAGGACCCGGCACUUCAAGGGCCGAGCCCAGAACUACUCAACGCUGCUGCUGGAGGAGUCUUCAGCAAGACUGCUGGUUGGAGCCCGAGGUGCCCUCUUCUCUCUCAAUGCCCGUGACAUAGGAGAUGGGGCUCACAAAGAGAUCCACUGGGAGGCCUCCCCAGAGAUGCAAAGCAAAUGCCAUCAAAAAGGGAAAAACAACCAGACGGAGUGCUUCAACCAUGUGCGAUUCCUUCAGCGACUCAAUGCCACCCACUUCUAUGCAUGCGGGACUCACGCCUUCCAGCCUCUCUGUGCAGCCAUUGAUGCUGAGGCCUUCACCUUGCCAACAAGCUUUGAGGAGGGGAAGGAGAAGUGUCCUUAUGACCCAGCCCGUGGCUUCACAGGCCUCAUCAUCGAUGGAGGCCUCUAUACAGCCACACGGUAUGAAUUCCGGAGCAUCCCUGACAUCCGCCGAAGCCGCCACCCGCACUCCUUGAGGACUGAGGAGGCUCCGAUGCACUGGCUCAAUGAUGCUGAGUUUGUGUUCUCCGUCCUGGUACGGGAGAGCGAAGCCAGUACAGUGGGAGAUGACGACAAGGUUUACUACUUCUUCACGGAGCGGGCCACUGACGAGGGCCCCAGCAGCUUCACUCAGAGCCGCAACAGCCACCGUGUGGCCCGUGUGGCCCGUGUGUGCAAGGGAGACCUAGGAGGAAAGAAGAUCUUGCAGAAGAAGUGGACCUCCUUCUUAAAGGCGCGUCUAGUCUGCCACAUUCCACAGUAUGAGAUGCUACGUGGUGUCUGCAGCCUGGACACGGACACCUCAGCACGCACACACUUCUAUGCGGCCUUCACGCUGACCACACAGUGGAAGACCCUAGAGGCCUCAGCCAUCUGCCGCUACGACCUGGCCGAGGUGCAGGCUGUCUUCGCAGGUCCCUACAUGGAAUACCAGGACGGUGCCCGGCGCUGGGGCCGCUAUGAGGGUGGGGUGCCGGAGCCCCGGCCCGGCUCAUGCAUCACAGAUUCAUUGCGCACUCGCGGCUACAACUCAUCCCAGGAUUUGCCAUCCCUCGUCUUGGACUUCGUGAAGUUGCACCCACUGAUGGCUCGGCCCGUGGUGCCCACACGAGGACGGCCCCUGCUGCUCAAGCGCAGUGUGCGCUAUACACACCUCACAGGGACGCCUGUCACCACGCCUGCCGGACCCACCUAUGACCUGCUCUUUCUGGGCACAGCUGAUGGCUGGAUCCACAAGGCCGUGGUGCUGGGUUCUGGGAUGCACAUUAUCGAAGAGACACAAGUGUUCAAGGAGCCCCAGUCUGUGGAAAAUCUGGUCAUCUCUCCAAUGCAGCACAGCCUUUACGUGGGGGCCCCUAGUGGUGUCAUCCAGCUACCACUGUCGAGCUGUUCCCGCUACCGCUCCUGCUAUGACUGCAUCCUGGCCCGGGACCCCUACUGUGGCUGGGACCCCAGCACCCAUGCCUGCAUCAUAACCAACAGGUCCCAGGGUAGCAGGACAGCACUGAUACAGGACAUAGAGAGAGGAAACCGAGGCUGUGAAGGCAACAAGGACACAGGGCCACCACCACCACUGAGAACCCGCUCUGUCCUCCGAGGUGACGAUGUUCUCCUGCCCUGUGACCAGCCAUCCAACCUGGCCCGGGCCUUGUGGCUGCUCAAUGGGAGCAUGGGCCUGAAUGACGGACAGCAUGGCUACCGCGUGGGCGUGGAUGGGCUGCUGGUGACAAACAUACAGCCUGAGCACAGUGGCAACUAUGGCUGCUAUGCUGAGGAGAAUGGCCUCCGCACCCUGCUGGCCUCCUACAGCCUCACAGUCCGGCCAGCCACUCCUGCCCCAGCUCCACAAGCCCCUGCCAUGCCCGGGGCACAGCUGGCACCUGACGUGAGGCUACUGUAUGUGCUAGCCAUCGCUGCGCUUGGCGGCCUCUGCCUCAUCCUGGCUUCCUCCCUCCUCUAUGUGGCCUGUCUUCAGGGAGGCAGACGAGGGCGUCGAAGGAAAUACUCUCUGGGUCGGGCUGGCCGGGCAGGGGGCUCUGCUGUGCAGCUGCAGACAGUUUCAGGCCAAUGUCCUGGAGAGGAAGACGAGGGUGAUGAUGGGGAGGGGGCUGGGGGCCUGGAAGGUGGCUGCCUCCAGAUCAUCCCUGGGGAGGGAGCCCCAGCCCCACCGCCUCCGCCACCCCCACCACCACCGGCUGAGCUGACCAACGGGCUGGUGGCACUACCCAGCCGGCUGCGCAGGAUGAACGGCAACAGCUACGUGCUCCUGAGGCAGAGCAACAACGGAGUGCCAGCAGGGCCCUGCUCAUUUGCUGAGGAGCUCAGCCGCAUCCUGGAGAAGAGGAAACACACACAGCUUGUAGAGCACCUGGACGAGAGCUCUGUCUGA